AUGGAAACGUCGUAUGUAAUAUACGACUUAAUCAAGAAAAAGAUAAUCAAAGUCUACAGUGCAUUGGCUGAAGAACGUUACACUUACUAUACGUUAUAUUACAGUGACGGUACUCUAGUCGACUUAUAUAAUCAGAAAGAAUACAAAGUCAAGGCUGCCAACUUUGACUUUUGUGAUGUAAUAAACGUUGACAUACAUGGAUACAGGAAGUAUGUUGCGUACCGGAGUUGCCAAGACGAUCUUAUACUAAUACACAUAUCUACCGGUAGACAGGACGUCAUACUUCGUUUUACAGACCCACAUUGUCCUGUACUACGCAUCUUGGAUAAUCUUAACCAAUUGAUGUAUUUAGGUAAGGAUUUCUUUGAUAUUCAAAUAUUUUUUUCAUAUGCGUGCAAUUGCUUUUUUCAGACGUGGGUAUUCGAAUUUAUGACAUUACAACUAGAACUUACGUUUACGUUUUAAAGAUCUCAAACGUAUAUGAUGAUUACAGAGCAAAAGGUAUUGAUGGGAUACAUUUUCAUAAAGACAGUAAAGUAAGUACGCAUGUAAUUAAAAUAUGGAAGUUCUAAAAGUUUGCUUUAAAUUUUAUUGCGGAUAGGCCGUGAUAUUGUAAAAACUUAUGGGAAAAAUAUAAAUGCUGACAUUGUCGGCAAUUUUUUACUUGAACUUCUAUAUAACGAAUUACUCGGUACGCCAUAUUUUUUUGUAGCAAAAAAGCGACAUAUUUGAUAAAAACAACUAUUGAUAUGAGUUCAAAUGCCCUGUGUAGUGGGAGCGGGGGAUUUGAAAGCUCUGUUCGAUAUACGGUAGUUUCCAUUACACAGCAGUUCCUCUGCUGCUGCAUUUUAACCCAUAAUUUACAACCAACAUUUUUUCUAAAAGUUCGGAAUGCUGUGCACUGUAGCAGAUUACGCCUUGUUUUUUAUAAAAAAUUAAUUUUUAUUCCAUAUUUCAGUUUAUCGGUUACAAUAAGAAAAAAGAACAAUUGGGAAGAAAUGGGAAAGUGGCCUUCUUUUCAACUUUUUGUUAUGUGCAACAAUAG